GUUCUCCGAUCAACAAUUACUUGUAAGUAUGCACCUACUUACAAUUGAAUCUCCACUCUCCAAUCUUGAAAAUAUUGCUGGAAAUCGGUCGUUAGAAGAAGAAGAAGAAGAAGAUGGUGAUGUUGUUGUCGGCAUUGGGAUUGAAUAAGUACUCAAACUUCUCCAGGCUACUCCCCGCCGGAGCUGGCCGGCUGAGGGUUCUUCUCAUCACUCCUUCCUCACUUACCCUCCCUUCUUAUUACUCUUCUAAAGAAGAGGCUGAAGAUGACGAAGAAAAGGCAAAGCAAUCCGGCAAGAAAUUCAAAGAAAGGUUAAGCGACGUCAAGACUGCGGCCAAAUUCGUCAGAGAUGUCGCCAAUUCCGACACUGAUUCGUACAAAAUGGACAAAGACACCAAGGAAACAAUCACGAAAGUGAAAGAGGCAGCUGAGACUGUGAAAGACGGGGUGAAUGACGUGAAGAAGACCACCAAAUUUGUGCGCAACAUUGCCUCUUCCACGGCUGACACGGUGAAGAAGCUGGCGAAAGAGGCUACAGACAAAGUAUCAAACUCGGCGAUUCAAGGCACCACUGAAAUCGUCAAGGACAAAGUGAAAGGGAAAUUUGAUUGAGCCGUUUUGGGUUUCCAUUUGAACCGAGGAAAAUGUACACUUAGAUGUAUCACGUUCCUGAUUCAUAUGACAUGAGGAAAAGAUAUUCAAUUUACUUCAUGAUUGAUAUAAAGUCCUUAGAUUUAU